AUGUCUCAUCAAACUGGAAUUCAAGUUUCUGAAGAACUUGGAGAAUUGUUUGCAAAUGCAGUUGCUAAAGGAGAUUUAAGAAUAAUACGUGUAUCAAUAAUUAAUGAGUCGCUCGUUCCCAAUGGUACAAGAGAAAUUAAAAGUGAUUGGAAAUCGGAUUUUUCUGAGAUUGCUGAAUUUUUAGAAGAAGAGGUUCCAUGUUUUAUACUAUAUCGUCUUGACAGUAAAUCUUCAUCUGGAGAUUAUGAAUGGUUAUUUGCUGCUUAUGUCCCUGAUCAUUCCAAGGUAAGAAAUAAAAUGUUGUAUGCAGCUACACGUGCUACACUGACAAAAGAAUUGGGUAACAAUCGCUUUGUUGAUUCAAUGUAUGGAACUUCAAUGUCUGAAUUUACAUUGGAGGGCUAUGAACAACACAAAAAACAUCAAAAUGCUGAUGCACCAUUGACACAACGUGAAAAAGAAUUAGCAGAGAUUAAAAUUGCGUUCCCUUUAACUGAUGAAGCAAUAGAAGCAAUUAAAUCUUUAAAAAGUGACAGCAAUAAGAAUAAUUUUGUUUUGCUAUCAAUUGAUACAGAGAAAGAAAAGGUCGAACUUGAUGUAAUGAAAAAAAUUGAUAUUGAAAAUCUUGCAAAUUCUUUUCCUAUAGAUAUGCCAAGAUAUGCAUUUUUUAUAUAUGAUCAUCAUCAUAAUGGACAAGAAAUCAAUUCCACCAGUAAUUCAAAAAGAGCUCGUUUAAGACGUGCUCAAUCUUCUACUACUUUACAAUUUGCACCCCCAACAUGGUUAUCAAAAGUUUUUCAACAAGAAUCAAGUUACUCACAAAAUUAUUACCCUGAAAGGUCUCGUUUUCCAGGAAAAAUCUUUUCAAGAAUUUCUUCGACACCUUUCCUUGCACCUAAACUAUUAUUCAUCAUGUUAUGUGCUGGAACUGGGGCCUCAAUUCCUUUUUUACCAAUUUUCUAUAAAGUUAUAUUAGAAUUGAGUUCAACAGAAAUUGGCGCUGUUUUCUCACUUGCACCAUUUAUUGCUGCUUUAAGUUGUCCACUUUGGACUGGCUUGGCUGAUAAAUUUCAGGCGCAUAGAUUUAUAAUUGUUGUAAUAUACUCACUGGCUACAUUAGGCGUUGUCUCUCAAAUGAUUUUACCAACGAUAGUCGAUACAAAAGAUCAAGCUUAUCAUGGAUUUGUUUUGGGAUUUGUCUUAAUUGCAGCUGUUUGGUUUGCCUUUUUUGGUAUACCAGUCAAUGCAUUGAUUGAUAGUGGCGUAUUAAAAAUAUUAGGAGAUAAAAGGGAACUUUAUGGUCAACAACGACUUUGGGGAUCAAUAGCAUAUGGCUCAAGCACUCUUAUAGUGGGACUUUUGUGGGGUGCAUUUAACAAUAUUAAUGUCGUAUUCUUUUACUUUUUUACAACUGCAGCAUUGCUUGUACUGUGUACAAUGUUUACUGAUUUUAAUCCUACAUUUAAUGAAAUUGAAAUAAUCCCAACAACACAUUAUAAAGAUUAUACAUUUAAGCCUUUAAUAGAUCUGGGCGAUCAUGAUGAUGCAGAUGUUGUUAUUGAUGAUUACGGAUCAAGUUCAAGAAAUGUUAAAGUAAUGAUAGAUGAUUCUACACAUAUUGAUGAAUCAGAUGGAGAUGACUCUGACAUUGAUGAUGACGACGAUGAUGGUAUACCGGUUCCAGAUUUAGAUAUUUUAGCAUUUCCACCUACUACACCAAAUUUACCCACCGCAUCGCUUUCAGAUCAUUCUUCUUCAUCAAUCAAAGUACUAUUAACAAAUCCAAGCGUGGUCACAUUAUUAGCAGUAAUGUUACUGAUGGGUAUAGCACUUGCUAUGAGUAAUUCAUUUUUGUUGUUAUUCUUGAGCCAAGAUUUACAAGCAACUUCUACUAUUCUUGGUUUAACAGGACCUUUAAGCUCAGUAACAGAACUUAUCUUUUUCUUUUACUCAAAAGAAUUAAUUUCUCAAUUUGGAAUUUACUCAUUAGUAAUACUAGCUCAUAUAGUUACAAUAUUAAGAUGUUUAACAUAUACGUUAUUACAACCAAAUUUAAUUUCACAUAUGUUAGCACUGUUAGUACAACUUUUGAAUGGUAUCGGAUUUUCUGCUCUAUGGGUAUCUGCAGUAACUCACAUGGCUAACAAUGCUCCGCCAAAUCUUGUAUCAUUUUCUCAAGGUCUCAUGACUGCAUUUUAUGCAGGUAUUGGUACAGGAUUUGGUAGUUUAUUUGGGGGUUUAUUAUAUGAUAGUAAUGGUGGAGCAAAAUUGAUGUUUGAGGUGGUGGUAAUUAUAAGUUGUAUAAGUUUAUUUGUCUACAUAGUGGGUGAAAAUAGAUUUAAUAUAGACAUAACAUAUUUUGGUGGUAAAAGAUACGAUACAAUUGAAUUACCUUGGCAAGAUUCUUAUCAUAAUAGUAAUAAUCAAAGUAGUAGUGAUGACAGUGGUGGCCGAUUAGGAGCUGUAGGAGGAUCAAGUUUAAAAUCAAAUAAUAAUAAUUUCGUAUUAAUACCAAACGACGAUGAUGAUAACAAUCAUAUGUGA